UUUCUAAAAGCGUUGUAAAGAAAAGACGAAUAUAUUCUAAUAAAUUUAGGUACGAGUUAUGCAUAUAUAAGGUUAUAACUAUACUUAGAGCUGAUAUAUAUAUGUAUAUAUAAACUUAAGAUGAGUUGUAAUUCGCAAACAGAGGUUACACUUUCUUUUACGCCCCUUGGGUUUAUGGACACAAAAAAGUACAACAAGAAAAUCGCUAUAGUUGUUGUAAAAGACCACGGAUCAGCUGGUUGCAGCACUAAAUUAGACUUUUUAAAGGAACUAUGGAAACAUGCAUGUUACAGAACUAUCGUGAAUCUGGACACGAAACCUUCAAGCUGCAACUGGCUUAAAAAGUUAGAAACCGGAAGUUUUUUAUACUUCAAUGAUGGAAAAUUUGAUUCUUUAUCUAUAGAAGCUAACAGUACCAUGUUAAGUGCGCAAAAAACGGAUACAGAGGGUAUUACAAAUUUAAACCUCUGUCUAGACCACAUUGUUUCUGUAAUAAAUAUGAAAAAAUGCGCUGCAACUGAAAUACUGAUUGUGUCUACUGGAGUUAGGACAACUACAGAUGUAAUUGAGUAUCUACGUAUAAUGUACUCUGCUCAAAAUGCCGCAAAAAUUGCUUUGCCAAUUUCUGUUGUUGUAAGCGAGUCUUUUAUUUCUGUUUUACCGAAAGGUUCUUCUAACCUGGCAGUGGGCACAGGUUUUGAGGGAAAAUGGUGCGGCCUUCUGCCUUUUGGUGGAGAAAUAGUAGCCACAACUAAAGGUUUAAAAUGGAAUUUAACUGAGAAUAUAUUACAAUACAACCAGCUUAUCAGUACUUCAAAUGAACUAGAUGGUUCUGGGAUUGUAUUAAUUAAAAGUAAUCUACCUGUUGUUUGGACUCAAGGAAUUAAAUUUUAACAGCAAAAACUCAAAUUGUUAAUACAUGUAUAAUAUACAAAGUUAUAUUUCAUACGGAUAAUAAUGUUUAACACCGUUUUGCAUAUAUUUCUACUAGCAUAUAUUUAUUAUGACUUAACACAUUAAGAUUAUGUAUAGCCUGUGCAUUAAUUUUUUUCCUAAAUUGCAAUGAUUUUUGAAAAACUUUGGCACUGUUUUUAAUCAGGUAUAUGGGAUUUUGGAAUAUGUUAAAAUUAUACAUGCGUUUUUAGUACAAAUUUACAAACAUUUCAGUAUGUUUUAGUAUAAAUUGACACUUAAGUUCCAAUUUAUUGAAAUAUUGCUGUUAAUGUCCAUACCUGACUUGAAUGUUGUAUGGUAUAUUCUGUUAAUCUGUUACCAUGGUUUUUAUUUUCCUAGGUUAUUUUACUGCACUUGCGGCAAUUUUAUUCCGAUAUUUGCUAAAGGCAGAUCAUUGUAUUUUUAAUGAACUUUAGUUUUAUUGCGUGUAUAUUUAGAUAAAUACAAUCCACUAUGCAAGGAUUAUUUUGUGGUUAUAAUCCUAAACAGCUAAAUUGUUUAUUGAUGCGACAUUUAUAUACAAGGUAUAGCUUUAUGUAGUAUGAUAUAUUCAGAAUAAUGAUGUACAGUCCGUUAUUUAAACCAUAACGUGUGCAAUUUUGUGUAUUGCUACUGUUUGGCGUUUUUCCAUUUGAGUAUGUACUAACUGUCACUUUGUUGGUGUUUAUAUAUAAUCUGUUUUAUAACAGUAUUUAAAUUUUGUUUUAUAACAGUCUAUUUUUAUUUUUUUGUAAAAAUUACUGUUUAUGAAUUACUUUGAUGUACUGUUUCACUAAAUAAAUCCCAAAUCCCCCACUUCGUAAAGGCAGUUAGUCAAACACUAAUAUGGUCAGUGGCGCAGCCAGGGGGUUUCGGGGGUCGUAACCCCCCCUUUUAAACCAAAAAAAAUUAAUUUUUUUGAUUAAACUUUUUUUUUUUUUUGGCUGCGCCACUGAAUAUGGUAUUUUAGUAUCUAAAACUUUUAAACUUAAUAUUAGUUUACAUUGAACUAAAUUAAUUCUUAUUUUCGAUAAACCAGAUUUUAGAUAAACUAAUUAAUUUCAGUAAAUGUUUGUCUAAAAUUUUACCGCUUUCACACGAAACUACCGUUUUUAAACACGCAUUUGAAUUAUAUAAAACACAAACGUAUAUAACUUAAUCAUUUUAG